CGGGACGAAUAACAGUUGUCAAAAAGCCCCGAAUUAAAUCAAACAUUUCAAAAUACUCAAUUUUAGAUUAUAUUUAAAGCUUACAGAUUCUUUUAAUUCAGAAAUUUACUAGAAAAUGGAUACUGAUAAAAAGACCAUUCUUACAUGUGUGUUACUGGCCUUGUUGAUUUUAGACAUGGUCGAAUGUCGAGGAGGAGGUGGUGGUGGGCGUGGCGGAGGUGGCGGUGGACGUGGCGGAGGGCGUAGUGGUGGGCGAGGUAGUGGACGAACAGGUAGAGGCGGAAGUGGUGCUGGCGGAAUUGGUGGAUCUGGAGGAGGCAACGCGUCUGGAUUCUGGUGGUGGGGUAUAGUCAUCGUUGUGGGAGUUUGUUCAAUUGGAGUGUUUUUAUUCUUUUGUUAUUAUGCUAAAUGUAUUCGAACGCAAAAUCAAAGAAAAAACAAACCAAUACGUUCCCCGGUGGAUCAUGCACAAAUGCAUAAAGUGGUAGUUCACAAGCCGAUUUUGCGGCCACAACAGAAUAUGAAAGUGUCGGCAAUAUAUGGAACUUCUAAAGGACAGGACAGACAAAGUCAAACUGCACAUAAAUACUUACCUCCUGUGUAAGUCUGGAUGCACAUACUUAGUUUUCAAACGUCAGUAAAACGUUUCUACACCAAGGAAUACAAUCCAGUGAGAAUAGACCAUGCUAUGCUAGCGAGCGGGUCCGAAGCGUCUCAAGUGUAUAAUCAUCGAUGCAGACAGAAACGCACCGACUGUCACAGGAAGGAUUGAAAUGGAUCAGAACAAGCAUGAAUGGACAGCUUAAAAAUCAUAUUGGGCCCUAAUUCAUGUUUGAAAAUAUGGAAAGUAUCUGUAUCAAGAUAAUAUUAACCUGUGCGUGCUAGCGUGUGCGUGUGUGUGAACAGUACCGUGUGUUAUAUCUAACAUAGAACACAUCUAAUAUAUAUGUGUUUGGCUGUUAACUGUAUAUAGUUUAAAUGCAUACUAUCACAAAACUAGAAUGGAAGUUUUUUAACGAAAUGGGUUUUAUUGUGGAUGUAAUUCUACACGCUUGUUUUAUAUAUUUGCACAAGUUAAAAUCACUUGAUGAGGAUGUUCAAUAUCUAAUGACAAUAUUUAUUUUAAAAAUAAACUAUCUUAAUUAGUGAAUGAUGGACAUUGCAUAUAUAUAAGAAUAGGAAAAAUCGAACAAAAUAAUAUGUCAUCACAAUUUAUGUUUUUAAAAUGUGUUUAAAAUGUAUUUACAUUUAGAUCUAGUUGUCAUUAUAUCUAGGAAAUAGUUAGUAACUCUUUACCAUUACUAAAACGAGCCGACUUGUAAUGUGUUACAAAGGACACAAACGGUUAGUUUUCACAUUAGAAUGGUGGAUUUUACAAUCUGUGUACCUGUGCAGUUCUAAAUGAUAUGAUAGUGUUUCAGAAUACGUUGGAAGCAAUACAGAUUUAUACAGUU